GUUGCGCAGCCGCGGGGGAAGGAGACGCUGUCCUUCCGCAGCGAUGGGAUCUCGGCUCUGCGGAGGGGCCCUCUGGUAUGUGCGUCCCUGUCCUUCUGGGGUGUGGAUGGUGCCCAGGACCCAGCUGGCAACCAGUUGAAGACGUUCUCCUUGGAAGCUCUUGGCCCUGAGGGCUUUGCCGGGGGCAUUGGCCCUGCCAUGGCGUUCCGGAGGGCUGAGGGCACGUCCAUGAUCCAGGCCCUGGCCAUGACCGUGGCCGAGAUCCCCGUGUUCCUCUACACGACGUUUGGGCAGUCUGCAUUCUCUCAGCUACGUUUGACGCCAGGCCUGCGGAAAGUCCUCUUUGCCACAGCCCUAGGGACUGUGGCCCUGGCCCUGGCUGCCCACCAGCUGAAGAGGCGACGGAGGAGGAAGAAGCAGGUUGGCCCCGAGAUGGGAGGAGAGCAACUGGCCGCGGUGCCCAUCCCCAUCCUCAUGGCCAGGAAGGUCCCUUCCAUGAAGAAAGGAUACUCUAGCCGGAGAGUCCAGAGCCCCAGCAGCAAGAGCAACGACACCCUGAGCGGCAUCUCUUCCAUUGAGCCUAGCAAGCACUCGGGCUCUUCCCACAGCGUGGCCUCGAUGGUGGCAGUGAACUCAUCCAGCCCCACAGCUGCGUGCUCGGGACCGUGGGAUGCCAGAGGGAUGGAGGAGUCUCUGACCACCAGCGAUGGCAAUGUGGAGAGCCUCUACAUGCAAGGCAUGGAGCUGUUUGAGGAGGCUCUACAGAAGUGGGAGCAAGCACUAAGCGUGGGCCAGAGGGGGGACAGCGGCAGCACCCCCACGCCGGGGGAUGGCCUUCGGAACCCGGAGACUGUGUCAGAGCCACUAUCUGAGCCAGAGUCACAGCGGAAGGAGUUUGCGGAGAGGCUGGAGUCCCUGCUGCACCGUGCCUACCACCUGCAGGAGGAGUUCGGCUCCACCUUCCCUGCAGACAGCAUGCUGCUGGACCUCGAGAGGACCCUCAUGCUGCCCCUGACCGAGGGCUCGCUGCGGCUGCGGCCGGAUGACGAGGACAGCCUGACCUCAGAGGAUUCCUUCUUCUCCGCCACCGAGCUCUUCGAGUCCCUGCAGGCCGGAGAUUACCCGAUCCCACUCUCCAGGCCUGCUGCUGCCUACGAGGAGGCCCUGCAGCUGGUGAAGGAGGGGAAAGUGCUCUGCCGGACCCUCAGGACGGAGCUGCUGGGCUGCUACAGCGACCAGGACUUUCUGGCCAAGCUGCACUGUGUGCGGCAGGCCUUCGAGGGGCUUCUGGAAGACAAGAGCAACCAGCUUUUCUUCGGGAAAGUGGGCCGGCAGAUGGUGACAGGCCUGAUGACCAAGGCUGAGAAGAGCCCCAAAGGCUUCCUGGAGAGCUACGAGGAGAUGCUGAGCUAUGCCCUGCGGCCUGAGACCUGGGCCACAACGCGGCUGGAGCUGGAGGGCCGAGGGGUGGUAUGCAUGAGCUUCUUCGACAUCGUGCUGGACUUCAUCCUCAUGGAUGCCUUCGAGGACCUGGAGAACCCCCCGGCCUCAGUGCUUGCCGUCCUGCGGAACCGCUGGCUGUCAGACAGCUUCAAGGAGACGGCCCUGGCCACUGCUUGCUGGUCGGUCCUGAAAGCCAAGAGGAGGCUGUUGAUGGUGCCCGACGGCUUCAUCUCCCACUUCUACUCCGUAUCGGAGCAUGUGAGCCCUGUCCUAGCCUUCGGCUUCCUUGGACCCAAGCCUCAGCUCGCUGAAGUCUGUGCUUUCUUCAAGCACCAGAUUGUGCAGUACCUGAGGGACAUGUUCGACCUGGACAAUGUGCGCUACACGUCGGUGCCCGCGCUGGCAGAUGACAUCCUGCAGCUGUCCCGGCGCCGCAGCGAGAUCCUGCUGGGCUACCUUGGGGUACCCACGGCCAGCAGCACAGGCCUGAAUGGAGCGCUGCCCCGAGAGAAUGGGUCCCUGGGGGGGCUGCAGUAGAGGCUGUGUGGGCUGGAGGCAGCAGAGAAAAGGCUCCUCCUCCCUUCCCUGGGUUGGUGGCUGAUGGCCGUGGUGGCCGAGGGCGGUUGCCCCUGACCUUACCCCACCCCCAUCAUCUGGGAGUCCCCAAAGCCCACAGGGGAAAUUUCCACGGAGAGGGAUGGAAUGGUCCCUGGGGGAAGCAGAGGCCAGGACAGUGGCCAGUGGGGCCCGUGGGAGAGAGAGGCAGUGAGAGAGCGGGGCGUUGUGGAGAUCUGGGACAGGCAGAGCCAGGAUGCCCCAGGUGGGGCACCACAAAACCUCUCAUCACCCCAGGGCUCCUGGCAAGGGGGCUGGGAGGGUAGAGGUGAAGGAGGGGACACUGCGCCCUGUAGUGAAGGUCCCAGUGUCCAGAGCUAGAAGCCACCUGUGGCUCCAUGGUCUCAGCAUCCAGGCAGCCGGCUGGCCUGUCCUGAUGGCUUCCCCACCUUGGCCACCUUCUCAGCCUUUGCAACUCCAGAGGAGGAGAGUGUGGCCACCUUGGUGGGCAGCAGGCUCAGGCCAUCCAGAGGUGGGACAGAGGUGUGGGCCUCCCCAUCCUGUGUUCUCUGGGAGGGGACAAACCCAAGCACCAAACCAGGACACUGUCCUUUGACAUUCCCUUGCCCUGCCAAAGAUCGUCAUUUCUUCUCCCACCUUUGCCUCCACCAAAGACGGGCAGAGGUGGGGUGGGCCCUCCUGCCUCCACCCAUCCCCCUUCUGUGAGCCUGGACCUCCCUGGGUGGUGCUAGGCUCUGAGCUGGGGGCUCUGACCAGGGUUUGCUCAGACCCGUCACCCGUGGGCCCAGGGACCACGCUGGGGGAGGUCAGAGGAUGUCUGUGGCUGGACCAGCUUCCCCACCCUCAUUAGGACAAGAAACUGCUCAGCACUUUGCCUUCAGUUCAACGCACAAAUGCUCCUGGGGCCUCAUGGGGGCAGAGCCUCCCCUGGGCCUGCAGACAGAGUUUUAUUAGCAGGACCUCACGCCGCGGGUUCCUGUCAGCCUGGCAGACUCGCUUCUCAGUAUCUUCACCUGAGCAGGUGUCUGUCACCCUAAUGCAUUCUGUUGAGGCCUGCAGGAGAAACAGACUCCCCUCCUGGGUUUCCACACUCAGGGGUCAGAGGACUGGCUCCUGCAACCGGGGCCCCUCUCCUCCGAAUGGGAAAGGGGUCCGGGGGUGGGAGGGUGCGGCACGGAGGGGAGGGGAGACAGUGCUGGGGGCCCCUUCCCAGACUCGGGAUCCUCGGGCACUAACCUGCCUGGGCAGAAAGGACCCUGUGCCCCGCCCCGUCCACCCCGAGUCCUGAUAUCCUGUUCAUUUGCACUUGCCCUGUGCUGUGAAUGUAAUGGUGGGCCUCAGCCCCGCCUCCUCAUUUGCUCCCCAGUGAACAGACGUGGCAUUUUCAUUUGUCUUUGUUUACACAUCUGUGCACUGCCUGUAGCAGUCAACUGUCGCAGCUUCUGACUUCGGAUGGUAGAGUGUGUGCACUGACUGUGCGUCAAAUAAACACUUGAGACGACCUCCUCCCACCUUGC